AUGUCAAGCAAGACAGACAAGCUGGCCGAUGGCCGAGAUGUCCUUCAGACAUCCGAGUCGUCUAGUACCACCCACGAUGUGAUUCCUAUCAAUGAAAAGUCAGAUGAGCAUCAUCAAUUGGAAGAUGCUCCCGAUGGCCGAAUCGAACUGACCGAGGACAUGUGCUAUGAUCAACUGGGAUACUCCUUCUCCGAGAAUCGAAAGUGGUUGAUUAUUAGCGUCAUCUUCUUGGUCCAGGUCUCCAUGAACUUCAACACCUCGCUUUACUCUAACGGUCUCUCCGGUAUCUCCGAGGAGUUUGGUGUCUCCAUGCAAGCGGCUCGAUGUGGUGCCAUGAUCUUCUUGGUUCUGUACGCUUUCGGUUGUGAGUUGUGGGCACCAUGGAGUGAGGAGUUGGGUCGGAAGCCAAUUUUGCAGAUGUCUUUACUCUUCGUCAACAUCUUCCAACUGCCCGUCGCACUGGCCCCGAACUUUGCUUCCAUCAUGGUUGGUCGUGCUUUGGGAGGUCUGGCAUCCGCUGGUGGUUCCGUCACCCUGGGUAUGAUUGCCGAUCUAUGGGAAGCUGAUACCCAACAGUAUGCUGUCGCUGCCGUUGUUUUCUCCUCGGUGGGUGGUUCGGUACUGGGCCCAGUCAUUGGUGGAUUUGUGGAGGCCUUCUUGCCCUGGCGCUGGAAUAUCUGGAUCCAGCUCAUCUUCGGUGGCUUUGUCCAGAUCAUGCACUUCUUCUUGGUUCCCGAGACCCGAACGACCGUCCUGAUGGACCGCAUUGCGAAGAAGAUGCGUGACAGUGGCGAGAACCCCAAUAUCUAUGGCCCCACUGAGGGAAUGUCCUUCCGUGAACGAUUCCCUCCUCGUGAGCUUAUGGCCACCUGGAUCCGCCCAUUCCGCAUGUUCUUGACCGAGCCAAUUGUCUUGACUCUCUCCCUGUUGAGCGGAUUCAGCGAUGCCCUGAUUUUCAUGUUCAUUCAGUCUCUGUCAUUGGUCUACGGUCAGUGGGGAUUUAAUACCUGGCAACUAGGCCUGGCUUUCAUUCCCAUUCUGGUAGGCUAUCUUAUUGCGUGGAUCUCAUGGUUCCCGGUCAUCAAACGGAACGUGGCCGAGCGCGCCGCCAACCCCGAUAGCGAACGGGCCCAAUACGAGUCUCGUCUGUGGUGGUUGUUGUACACCGUCCCUUGCUUGCCUAUCGGAUUGAUUGGCUUCGCCUGGACCAGUUUGCCACAAUGCCACUGGAUCGGAUCUAUGAUCUUCGCCGCCAUUAUUGGUAUCGCCAACUAUGCCAUCUACAUGGCAACCAUCGACUACAUGAUCUGCGCCUAUGGUCCUUACUCUGCUUCAGCCACCGGUGGUAAUGGAUGGUCGCGUGACUUCCUGGCUGGUGUUCUGACUAUUCCCGCAACUCCCUUCUUCACCAACAUUGGCAGCACAAACCAUGUCGAAUACGCCUGCACCAUUCUGUUCGGCAUCUCAUUGGUGUUGGUCGUCGCCGUCUAUGUCAUCUACUGGAAGGGUCCCGCCCUGCGCAAGCGUUCUCCAUUCGCACAGCAGCUUUCGGAGGCUCGCCACGACUUGGCGAUCCACGGUGAUGGUCGACGCACGUCCAAGGUGCCUAUGGCAUCGCGCGCCAACUCGUACGCCCGAUCCCAGCAAGAUCUCCGCCUGCGCCAGGCCCUCGGCAGCCGUCCUGGCUCCCGCAUCAAUUCCCGGGCCAACUCACGCGCAAACUCUCGCCGUAACAGCGUGAAUGCCUAG